GUCGGUAAUUUAGUUGGCGUUCUUCGCCUCAAGAUUUCAUCGUAAAUUGCUGGAUUUUUAAAUGAACGCAAAACGUAAACCGUUCGCUAAACCGAAUGAAGCCACAUCAUCCGGUGCACCGAAAAAGUUCCGCGAUGCGGACGAUGAAGAAGAGUUCGAAAGUUACUUCGAGGCAGAACUGGCCAAUUUCGACGACGAUGCUGAUACGGCACGCAUCGGUUUGGGGCCAGAAAGUGAAAACAGCUGCGCCAAAUGGAGCCGACCCGCACCAGAACCACUCGAUCCGAGCAAGGAUCCGCUAGUGUUCCAGCAGAUCGACAUCGACAAUUACAUCGGCCAGCCGAUGGCGGGAAUGCCAGGGGCACAGAUUGGCCCCGUACCGAUUAUGCGCAUGUUUGGCGUUACGAUGGAGGGAAAUUCGGUUUGCGCACACGUACACGGGUUCCUACCGUAUCUAUACGUGGCGGCACCGAACGGCUUUAACAAGUCUCAUCUGGCGGAAUUUCGCACCGCACUAGACAAAGCCGUUCUGCACGAUAUGCGCUCGAACAAAUCGAAUGUACAGGAAGCGGUGCUCGAUGUGGAACUGGUCGAGCGCCAGUCGAUCAUGGGCUACAACGGGGAGGAUCGUUUCCAGUUCAUCCGCGUAACGGUUUCACUGCCGAAACUGUUGGCCCCAGUCAAGCGGUUGUUGGAGAAGGAACAGAUGAUGCCAUCGAUGGAUUUUCAGGACUGUCGGGUGUACGAAAGCAAUAUCGAUUUCGACAUUCGCUUUAUGGUCGACACCGGAGUGGUCGGUUGUAGCUGGAUCGAGCUGCCGGCGGGUAGCUGGCGCUACCGGCACCGGGGAAAAUCGCCUGCACCAGAAACGCGUUGCCAGAUCGAGGUCGAUGUUGCGUUCAACGCAUUCAUCGCACACGACCCGGAGGGAGAAUGGGCCAAGGUGGCACCGUUCCGUAUACUCAGCUUCGAUAUUGAGUGCGCCGGUCGGAAGGGAAUUUUCCCCGAGCCUCAGCACGAUCCGGUCAUUCAAAUUGCCAACAUGGUGAUCCGACAGGGUGAACCGGAACCGUUCCUUCGGAAUGUUUUCACACUUAAAGCGUGUGCUCCAAUCGUUGGCGCACAGGUGCUCAGUUACGACACAGAACAGGAGCUCCUGGACAAGUGGGCCGUGUUUGUACGCGAGCUCGAUCCGGAUAUUCUCACCGGGUACAACAUUAACAACUUUGACGUGCCGUAUCUACUGAACCGGGCGAGCCAUCUGAAGGUGAAGAAUUUUGAGUACCUCGGGCGUAUCACAAACAUACGUUCGGUCAUUAAGGACACGGUGAUCCAAUCGAAGCAGAUGGGCCGACGUGAGAACAAGUUCGUCAACUUUGCGGGUCGUGUGCCGUUCGAUUUGCUGUUCGUGCUGCUCCGAGACUACAAGCUUCGUUCGUAUACGCUCAACGCGGUCAGUUAUCACUUCCUGCAGGAGCAAAAAGAAGACGUACACCAUAGUAUCAUCACGGAUUUGCAGAAUGAAAGCGAUCAGACGAGGCGCCGAUUAGCGAUGUACUGCCUAAAGGAUGCGUACCUUCCAUUGCGUCUACUGAACAAGCUGAUGUGCAUUGUGAACUACAUGGAAAUGGCCCGUGUGACUGGUGUCCCGCUCGCUUGUCUGCUAACACGUGGCCAGCAGAUAAAAGUCAUGAGUCAACUGUUGCGUAAAUCACGCGUAGCCGGUUACCUCAUCCCGUCCUACCAGAGUUCUGGCACGGACGAGCAGUACGAAGGUGCCACCGUUAUCGAACCGAAGCGUGGCUACUACGCAAAUCCGAUCUCGACGCUCGAUUUCGCCUCGCUGUACCCAAGUAUCAUGAUGGCACACAAUCUUUGCUACACGACCCUUGUCCAGCCGAACAUGAAGGACCGGCUAGGGCUUGACCCCGAUCAGCUCACCCAUACGCCCGCGAACAACGUGUUCGUGAAGGCAUCGGUUCGGAAGGGUAUACUGCCGGAAAUUCUCGAGUCUCUGCUGGCCGCCCGUAAGCGUGCCAAGGCCGAUCUCAAGGUCGAAACAGACCCAUUUAAGCGCUCCGUCCUCGACGGCCGACAGCUGGCGCUGAAGAUUUCCGCCAACUCGGUGUACGGGUUUACCGGAGCGCAGGUGGGAAAGUUGCCCUGCCUGGAGAUUUCCGGCUCCGUUACGGCGUACGGGCGGACGAUGAUCGAGUACACGAAACAGGAGGUCGAGCAGCGGUACACGGUGGAGAAUGGAUACGAGAACGAUGCGGUCGUCAUAUACGGCGAUACCGAUUCGGUGAUGGUAAACUUUGGAGUGAAAACGCUCGAGCGAAGCAUGGAGCUCGGGAAGGAGGCUGCCGAUUACGUGAGUGCGAAGUUCGUCAAACCGAUCAAGCUCGAGUUCGAGAAGGUUUACUAUCCGUACCUGCUGAUCAACAAGAAGCGCUACGCUGGGCUUUACUUUACGCGCCCCGACAAGUACGACAAGAUGGACUGCAAGGGUAUCGAGACGGUGCGGCGUGACAAUUCUCCGCUGGUGGCGAACCUAAUGAACAACUGCCUACAGAAGCUGCUAAUCGAGCGCAAUCCGGAUGGUGCGAUCGAGUACGCGAAGCAAACGAUCGCCGAUCUGCUGUGCAAUCGGAUCGAUAUUUCGCAGCUGGUAAUCACGAAGGAGCUGGCCAAGAGUGACUAUGCGGCCAAACAGGCGCACGUCGAGCUGGCGAACAAGAUGAAAAAGCGUGACCCGGGUAACGCACCGAAGCUGGGCGAUCGCGUUCCGUACGUGCUGAUAGCGGCGGCGAAAAACACACCCGCCUACAUGAAGGCGGAAGAUCCGAUCUACGUACUGGAGAACUGCAUCCCGAUCGAUGCCAACUACUACCUGGACAACCAACUGUCCAAGCCGCUGCUGCGUAUCUUCGAGCCGAUCUUGGGUGAUAAGGCGGAAUCGAUCCUGCUGCGAGGUGAUCACACACGCACCCGUGCCGUUGUCACAUCGAAGGUUGGCGCGCUGGCCGCGUUCACCAAAAAGAGGGACGCGUGUCUCGGAUGCAAAGCGCUGCUCCCAGUCGGACAGGAGGGCCGGGCGCUCUGUCAGCACUGUGGCCCAAACGAAGCCACGCUCUACCAGGCUGAGCUGAGUGCCCAGCGUUCGCUCGAGGAUCGAUUCUGUCGGCUCUGGACGGAGUGCCAAAGGUGUCAGGGAUCGCUGCACGAGGAGGUCAUCUGCACCAGUCGUGAUUGUCCCAUUUUUUACAUGCGCACCAAGAUCAAGAUGGAGCUGGAAACGCAGGAGAAACGAGUGUCACGCUUCGGGGUGCCAACGUGGUAAACGUUUGGUGGCAGUAACAGAUCAGAUAUCUGUAGCUUACUUUUUUUUUUUCUAACAACAGCUGAGAGAAUAGCUCGUUAACGAGCAACAUCAGUCUAGGUCGAAUUGAAGAAUCUUUAACCAGAAUUACAUAGGCAGUAACAUAUAACACAAAUCCACCAUAAUUACAGUUGAACUUAAUUCGUUUGUAUAAUAGUUUUUAAUGGUACAUAAUAUUCUUUUUUUUUUCAAUAUAAAAUUAAUGUUUUUCAAUCCA